AUGGCUUCUUCCCCCAGUACUCUCAUGACCAUCACCUUUCCCACCACAACACUCGAUGCCCUGACACAGCACGACCACGGCAAACCCAGCCACUCUGACAAGAUAGCCAUCAUUGGGUUGACAGUCGGCAUGGCGCUACUGUUUCUGCUGUUCAUUGCCCCGUGCUGUUGCUUGCAGUAUUUGGCUCAUCGGCAGCAGAAGAAGGAGCAGAAUAAAGAGGCUCGGAUACGCGGUAUAGUCGCGGGACGACGACAUGCAGCGGCCAGGAAUAGACUCGGGCAUGCAUUGAUCAACCUCAAACUGCUGCAUGAUGUUGCUUUGAUGGGAAACUCUUUUGUCUUCUUCGCUUGUUUUUAUGUCAUUCUCGUCUCCCCCAAUCUUCCAACUCGCAUCCAUCCAUCCCUUGGUGAACAUCUUCAAGCCAUCUCAGUGGCAGUCAAGAAUCCUCUGCAGACACUCACCAACAACGUCAAGUCCUCGUCAACCGCAACAAUGACAAGCACCAUCCACCGCCGCAUGAGCGAUACCAGCGUAGUCAUCGCCAUCGCCAUCAGCUGCACCGCCAUCGUCGUCAUCUUCCUCGCAGCAGUUUUCUUUUGCAACUGGCGCUCUCGUCCCAAGUCACCUACUGAUACCCGCGGCCGCGACCAUGACGAUUCGGAUGCCAACCCUGACAUCGAACUGGAUGCCAUGCCUGAUGGUGCUCUGAAUCAUCCUCUUGUGCUGGGGAGCAAUGGUGCGGGACAUGUUUAUCCGGUCUUUGAAGCAACUCGUGAGCGUCAUGCUCAGAACUGA